GUCGGUACAGCUGUGCGAAGGAGAAAUGGCCGGCUGCAAUUGGUCGUUUUUGAAUCGGCGCGCUUUUCAAUUGGCUGACGGCCUGUUGAGCGGCCGGCGUUGCCGCGGCGGUCACUUCGCCGGCGUGACAAGCUGUAUUCCGGAGGUCUGCGAGCUGCCGCGAAGAAGCGUUCAUCUGUCGACCACCUGUUGCGUACCCAAGCGAAACAUGGAAUCGAUUCUUUACUCCAACAUCUGGGAGACCGAUCCCGAGCUCUUCGAAUUGAUGAAGAAGGAGAAGAAGCGGCAGCAGUGCGCGUUGGAGAUGAUCGCGAGCGAGAACUUCACGUCUCUCAGCGUGUUGCAGUGCCUGGGUUCGUGUCUGCACAACAAGUACAGCGAAGGAUUGCCGGGUCACAGGUAUUACGGCGGGAACGAAUACAUCGACGAGAUCGAAUUGCUGGCGCAGAAACGCGCCUUGGAGGCCUUCGAUCUAAACCCGGAGGAAUGGGGCUGCAACGUGCAGCCUUACUCGGGAAGUCCGGCGAAUUUCGCGGUGUACACGGGCCUGUGCGAGCCCCAUGGACGCAUAAUGGGCCUGGACCUGCCCGAUGGUGGCCAUCUGACUCACGGUUUCUUCACCUCGUCCAAGAAGAUCUCCGCCUCGUCUAUCUUCUUCGAAUCCAUGCCGUACAAAGUCAACUCCGAGACCGGGCUGAUCGACUACGACAAGUGCGCGGAGCUCGCGAGAUUGUUCAAGCCUAAGAUUAUCAUCGCUGGGGUCUCCUGCUACAGCAGGUAUCUGGAUUACAAGCGUUUCCGUCAGAUCGCCGACGAGAACAACGCUUAUCUCUUCAGCGACAUGGCGCACGUCGCGGGAAUGGUCGCCGCCGGAUUGAUACCCAGUCCUUUCAAGUACAGCGACGUCGUCUCGACGACCACGCAUAAGACCUUACGCGGUCCGCGCGCCGGUGUGAUCUUCUUCCGGAAAGGUGUGCGAAGCGUCACGAAGGACGGAAAGAAGAUCAUGUACGACAUCGAGAACAAGAUCAAUAUGGCGGUGUUCCCGGGUCUCCAAGGCGGGCCUCACAAUCACGCUAUCGCCGGUAUAGCCACCACCAUGAAGCAAGCGAAAUCGCCCGAGUUCAUCGCUUAUCAGAAGCAAAUAUUGGCCAACGCGAAGAGGCUGUGCCAGAGUCUGCAGGAUCGCGGUUACAAGAUCAGCACGGGCGGCACGGACGUUCACAUGUUGCUGAUGGAUCUGCGCCCAAUGGGUAUCACCGGCUCGAAAGCAGAAGCGAUCUUGGAGUCUGUCUCCAUCGCCUGCAACAAGAACACCGUUCCCGGUGAUAAGAGCGCGAUGAAUCCCAGCGGCAUCAGAUUGGGAACGCCGGCGCUCACUACUCGCGGCCUGGUCGAGGACGAUAUUGACAAGGUUGCGGAAUUCAUACAUAAAGGAUUGCUGCUUUCUAAGGAAGUGAGUAACAUCUCCGGACCGAAGCUGGACGAUUACAAGAGAGUAUUGAACACUAACGAGGAUGUUAAAGCGAAGAUCGCGAGUCUGAGGUCGGAAGUAGAGGCAUUUUCCAAGAAAUUUCUCAUUCCCGGCAUUGAAGAAUAUUAACAGCAGUAAAUUCGCUGAGUUGAAGCGGAAUGUUCCGGCUACGCGCCAUUUUUGUACGAUCUGCAAUUUGUAACACUUCACAAAAUAAUCUACAAAAUUAUAGAAGGCUUGGAUCUCUUAUAAAUUUCUCUCUAUAUAAUAUAGUAGACUACUGUCAGGCGUACUCGGUGAUGUGCAGGUUCAAUUGCGCAUUCAGAAAUAUUAGCAGUCUGAAUAUAUUAUGUAGAAGGGUAUGAUAUUGUUUAAUUAACAAUGCAUGGCGUGUUAAUAGCAUUAAAUGUUAAAAGUAAUUUGUUACAUGACCGAGAUAUCGAUAAUAUCUUUUUUAUUUAUCUCGAAUUACUCAAAAUUGUUUCGUGAUGGAAACAUCAUGCACAUAGUAUCUCCCGGUAAAAUUUAGUAAUUUACGUGCGCGCCUCAUAUUUGAUAUAUCAAUUAUUGUUAGAUUGUAACAUCAUGGUUUAUUUGUUCAACUUAAUAUAAGAUCUUGUAAUUUGUAAUUUUCUAUAAUUUGUAAUUUUCUAUAAUUUGCAUAAUUUGACAUUUGUAAAAAAAUUCUUUUUAUAUAUUUUGUAAUAUACCAGUUUUUAAUAUCGUUGUCAACCAUUUGUCGUCAAUUUCGCGUUUUUCUUGCGAUGUAAAUCGUUUUCACGUAAAUCACACAUCUCUUCAGUGAAGCAAUAGAUAAUACGAGAUCGCACGAAUGCAUUGACAUAAAAAAAUAUAAUUUGAAAAAUCUCAAUAAUAAUUGUGUAUUGUGAACGUGACGACAGGCGCGCAUUUUUCACUCAAUUUACAUACCAGUGAUGAUUAUUAGAUAAAAGGUUUCCCUGACGGAUAUAUAGAAGGCUGGCCCUAGAGUAAUAAUAAUAAUAAUAAUAAUAAUAAUAAUAAUAAUAAUAAUAAUAAUAAUAAUAGUGCAUAUCAGGCAACCGCGUUAUUUGUCACUAUAUUUUCCAAGUGCGUGAUUUAUACAAAUAUAUAUAAGAUAUAAAUUAAGCUUUUCCCCAAAUACUACUCUUACGUUCCCACACGCGUACGGGAUUGCAAGAUUAGUAUCCGACUGAUAAGGUAUUCACAUACAGAAUAUCCGAAGAUAUUUAGAAUAAUGCUAGAAUUCAUUUCACUAGGAGAAUGCGCGUCGUCUAGCAAAACGAUACACACAUUCGUCAACGCGUUAAUAUCAAAUGCGUCAAUAUCGACUCUCGAUUAAUUAAUUUAACUUUUCUAGUAAACCAAUUUGCAAGUGUAGAAUGUUCCGCGUUAUAUGUAUGUGUGUGUGUGUAAUAACAAUUUAUUCAUCACACAUUGAUGUGCACGAUGUUCCGGAUUAUGCACAAUAAACAAAGGAUACUCGAUGUAA